CGAGCGCAUUCACAGCGGAAAAGCGGUACGGAAAACUUCAUCGUCCGAAACACCGGUCGCGAAAAGUCGGUGUGAUAGCGAGCGAGUGCUUCUAAGUGCGUUUUUAUUUGGCACGCGCCUAAACCUACAACGAUGGCAUCAACGAUAAAAUGAUAACAGUUUGCGGUGACGGUUACUCGGCCUGGAAUUACAGUGGUACAGAACGUCCGUCAAUGUAAGCAGACGCAGCAGUAACAUCAACCGCACUCACACAGCAGCACACGCGAUCGCGAUAUCAGAAGAGAUGCUGUGCGGAGGGCGAAAACGCGAGCAGAUCGCGGCGUCGGUAAGUGUUGUUGUGCGCGAGUGGCCCACCCGAUGGCCAGCCACCACCAUCGCAGCCGAGCGCGGGAGCAUGCCGUGCCGAGCAGUGUGCGCCACCAGUUAGUCACCUGUGAACGUUCGAGCCAGCCGGAGCAAACAUUCUCUUCGCGGCCCUGCUGGCGGAGAUACAUCAUUACGCACAGCCCGUUUUUUCAUCUUUCUUAUGCGGGCGCGCGAUCGCGAUCGGUUUAUGUGUGUGUGUAUCAUAAGUGUGUGUGUUACAAACAAACAUCUGACACGUGUGUGAGUGUUCGAUACGUGCGGGAAGAUAACACCAGACACAAACGAGCAAAACCCAGCCAGCGCAACGACGAACGGUGAGGAAAAGAAACAUAAAACGGGAACGUUGGCCUUCUUCGGUGCGCGAAGAGAGCGAAGAAGCAACGGGAUCUACCCUGCCGCGAAGGUGAACUUCCCAUUCUUCGCCACGCAUCUCGUGUGUGUGUGUCUGUAUGCGAACGAGCGGGCCGAGCGAGUCCGAGCUGCAGCGCUGGUGAAAACGGGCGUUCGUUGCUUGCGGCUAGUUGAAGUUGUUCCAUCGAAAACGGUCGUUCGAUAAAUCGGAAAUGUUAGAGUAGAGUUAAGUGGAUUUUUUUCCUUCUAUUCUCGCGAUCGCGUGUGUGUGAUAGAACAGUGUUUCGCGGUUUUAAUUGCAGCAAACUUUUCCGAUUGAUUUUUAUGUUUGUUUCGCGGAAUUUCCCCACGUCCAUUGCGUCUUCCAGCACACUCGUUCCUGCAGGGAUGAGUCAAUCAAACGCUUGACACGCAACACACAGGUGUCCCCGAUAUUAUUCGCCCGGCAAGCAAAAGCGCACGCGAGAGAAAUCAAAAGAAGAAAGUGCCGUUAGCGAUUGAAUUCUUUCCACUUCCACAAGCGCGUGCGGCGUAGGAUUGCGUCAACCGUACACAGUGCGAGAACGUGUCGGUAUUUCGGUAAGGAACUGUUGGGACCUAAACUCUCCCAAAUGCGAUCGUAAAACGAAUAUGUAAAUACCCCAAGCACCAACCCCACAUACAGCCAACCAUUCUGGGAGCGGGAAUUGUUUCUAAGUGAAGUUAAUUCGGCGUGAUCAUACGCGAUCAUUACAUUGCGUUUUCAAUUGCAAAGUGUCCCACAACACAACCCACCAGCUGCUCUUGCCGCCUUGAUUCAAUUCGUUUCGGUGCGUGUAGUGUUUCUGUGUGUGUGUACUGUGUAGUUGUCGUACUGGCCGUUUGAUUGAGGCCGAUCUUCCCCUUUUUGGGAGGUGAAGUGAAACGAGAAGAGUUUUGUGCCCGUAAAGCCCCGAAAAAAAAGUGAGUGCAGUGGAGGUUAUUUGGCGACGUGUUAUCGUGUUGCCAUCUUGCCGAAAAUCUCGCAGCCGGCCGAUAGGAUCGCGCUCAAUUACAAUAACAUAAAACGAGUGAUUAAGGUUAAGUGUGUUCGUUCGUAAAUUGGAAAGCAUCAGUUUUUCCACCGACGAGGAGAGGUCGCGUGAUUUACGGCGUUACCGGGUCAGUGGCAGUGGAGCAAGGGCUCCGGCAACAAAGCAACGACAGCGGCAACAGCACAAGACGGAACUUCUAUCUUCCAGCAACAACAUCCCAACCAUCGUUGAAUUGACUCUCCACCGAGCGAGCACGAGCCAGCAUCCCGCAACCCGCAACGAUCUUCAAGGAGAUUGAGCGGAACCGGCGCUGAAGCGAGAAGUACACUGCCCCAUUGCACGGUGGCAUCGAACCGAACCGAUAGGAACCGAACCGGAGCGACGCAGGAGGGCUAGAGAAGCUAGAGCGGCCAGCCCGGAUUUUCCACGCUGCAUCGAAACGAAAGCGAAAAUCCUGAUCUGCACGACUGCAUCGUUUGCCAACCCAUCCGGCGUGGUCCGGCGGAAGCGAAAUAGAUCGCGAACGGUGCGAGAACUAGUGCGCGAAACGACGUACCGUCUCGGCAGUCUCGGGGCGCUUCGGCGAGAGCCAAAUUCGCUCGGAAGUCGGCCGUCGGGCGUUUGCUCCGCACCGUCCGCCUGUGCUGGUGUGGGCUCGCGCGCUAAUCCGGUGCCGAACCUGUAGCAGGACAGAGCUCCCAGAGAUCCACACGCUAGCCUGCACUGUUUGCAGCAGCAGCGCGUGCAGUGACGACGAACCCCAUUCGGAUUCGGUCGAAGGACACUUCCCCUGGGUGAGGUCACACGUGUGCCCCAUGUCCGGUCAGUGAACGGCAAAGGUGAAGGUGUGAAAGUGUGCGCAAACUGUUUGCUAGAAGCAGUCCACGCAGGGCCCGAGUCCGUAUGCCGCGGUAAAGGCAGCUACGAUCGUUUACGUUUUGUGUUUAGUGUUGUUUUUUUGUUGUUGCGGGUUUCUUUGCACUCAGUCUCUGGCCGAUCUGCACGGUCACGUCAUGUUACGACGCGGAGCUAGUGGUUGGUGGGUGUCGGUCGGUGCCCUGCUAGUGGUGCUGACCGCCCGGACUACCGUGGUGAUGGCUCAGUGCCCCUGGCAGCGGGAGGUACCCGAUCUGCAAAAUUCGUGCUUAUGUGCCUACAAUCUCGGACAGGAGCUGUCCGUUCAAUGUGAUCAAGUUGAUUUUCCUGUGUUAGUUGAAGCCUUAGACAAGUAUGCGCGUGCGACACCGUUGGAUCUGCUGUACGUGAACAACUCCACGAUCGAGCAGCUCGAAGGCGGCCUGUUUGUGAACCUGAAGCUGCACAACGUCCAGCUGAGCAGCUGCAAGAUGCGACGCAUCGACGAUAAAGCCUUCCAGGGACAGGAGGCCGUGCUGAAGAACCUCAACCUGCAGGACAAUCUGCUGGAGGAGGUACCGAUCCGAGCGCUCAAACCCCUGACCAUCCUGAACCUCCUGGACCUGUCGAAGAACCGUCUACAUUCCGUACCGAACGACGCCUUCGCUGGACUGCGCAAGCUGUCCACACUGAAGCUCUCCGAUAACAAUGUCACUCUCGCUCCGUUCGCCUUCCGUGGGCUGGAGGCCAGCCUCAAGAACCUCAAUCUGAAAGGCACAAAGCAGAAGCGAGUGCCUGAAGCGGUACGUGGACUACGCACCCUUGCCUUCCUGGAUCUCUCACAGAACGGCAUCCGGGAGCUGCCGGGUGGAGCAGGUGUUAAAUCCUUCGAUGGGCUGGACGCUCUCACCGCACUCAAUCUCGAGCGGAACCUCAUUCAAAGUCUCGGCGAGACGGCCUUUUCGGGAGUGCGAAAGACGCUCAGCUCGCUCAGCCUGCUAAACAACUUGCUGGCCGAGUUCCCGGUCGGUGCCAUUCACUCAUUGCGUGAGCUGCGUGUGCUUGAUAUUGGUUUCAAUCUGCUCACGGCACUGCCAGAGACAGCUUUCCGGGGCAAUCCGGCCGUGACGCUGCUAGCACUUGACGGUAACCCACUGCCAACUGUGCCGGAGAAAGCGCUGGCGCAUCUUAACCGCACGCUGCGAGGUCUGUCCCUCGGUGGACGCUUCCUGCACUGUGACUGCAAACUGCGCUGGGUGGCUGAAUGGAUCCGAAAUGGUGAUCUACAGGUAACAUCACGCGAACGUAAUCCCCAGUUCUGUGGCUCUCCCAAUCGCUUUCGAGAGCGUGGCUUCUACUCGAUCCAGCCGGAGGAGCUCACCUGCCCCGAGUCGGAGGUAGCACUCGAAGGUCCAGUCGGUGUGGUGGAGUCUCUACUGCCCAAAACGACCACCGCACGUACUACGACCGCCUCCUCUACCGUCACCACACUGCUGACGCAACCGACAACGCUUGGCGGUACGACCAACGCUACAACUGCUGCUACAUCACCCCCCACCACUACGCAGCAAGGAUCUUCGACCUACGCGGUCGAAACUCAGUCUUCCAACAGCACAACGGCACAGACCAGCACAACGCUUACCACAACGACACCGGCAACAACGAAACAAUCGACCACGGCCUCAACGGCUACUGCUGCAGCUGCUGCCACUACCACAACGACUUCGAAAACGCCUGCAACGAAGAACUGGCGCACGAACGGUGCCAGCAAUAACUCGCCUCCCCACAAGCAGCGGCCUCCGCUUGUGCUAGGUUUCCCACCACAGCGAGGUACUCAGAUCGAUGACUCCAAGGAGGUGCAGGUUAAGAACGCUUUCAGUUCACGCCAGGACAACUCGGUCAUCAUCCAGUGGGACUCGGACACGGCCAACAUUCUCGGCUUCCGCGUGGUCUACCGUCUGUUUGGCGACAAGAGCUUCAAGCAGGGACCGCCGCUAGAGGCGAGCGAGCGCGAGUUCAAGAUCAAGAACGUACCAUCGGCCGAGUGCAUCAUCGUGUGCGUUGUGUCACUCGAGGAGAUCAACGUAACGCCCGACACCGUGCCUUACACCCAGUGCCGGGAGGUGCGCACCGUAGCCUCGCCAGCGUCCAACAUGGACAAGAUUACGAUCGCGGCCAGUGCGGCGAUCUGCGGCACGAUCAUUGUCGCGGUGAUCGUCUUCAUUGCCGCCAGCAGGAUUCUUUUCAGAAGACGCUCAAAGAAGCUGCAGUCCCUGUCGCAGCAGAAGAGCGCACUGCCGAUCGCGGGCCUGCCCGUCAACUGCUGCGGACCGACGCCGAGCCCGAACGGGCCGCUCGGUUCGCUCGCCACGCUGUCCGCGUUCAACUCGCACAAGCAGGACUGGGAUCAGGUGUCGGCGUACAGUGGCCGCUCGAUACCGCGGCCCCGCAUCUACCCGAUGGAGAACCAGGCCAUCCCGGACGAUCUGCGCAGCCACGUGUCGCACUUUUCGGCCGUCGGCGGUGGUGGUGGUGGCGGCGUUCCGAAGGUGGGCAAGGCACGCUCGAUCGCGGACGGACAGUCGCACCACAGCUUCUCCAACCACUCCCAGCGCGGCUAUCUCGGGUCGGCCUUCCCGAGCAAUCUGGUGAACUCUCGACCAGAGCUAAGACAGUCGCGACAGUCACUAGCAGCCGCAUCGGAGCGCAUGUCCCGAGCGUCCUAUGCCGGGUCGAUCGUGCACGGACCGGCCCACAGCAUCGCUUCCAGCACGAGACGCACCCGACCAAGGUCCCGAUCGCGGGAUCAGCUUAGUGGAGCGCACAUUCACACCCAUCAGCAUCGUCCCGGCAGUCGCUACUCCACCGCCGGCUCGACCCACACGCUCAACAACUACUGCGACACGUCCGACAACUGGACCGACCACGACAUGGACAUCUACAUGGCGCGCAACCCGACGGCCCGCAACGGCGGCAUGGUGCCGUUAUGAGACCGGCUGCUCGUUUCCUGAUACGGCGAUCCGGCGCACGAUUACGGCGAACUUUUCUGACAGCGACUACCCGCCGACGGUCGGACGGUUGCGGGGCGCUGCCCCACGAUCGACGACCGCCGGCCGACCCUGACGCUGAUCGUGCCGGACGCUCCGUCUAGCGGUGGUGCGGCCGGGCCCGACGAAGCCCCGCCCGAGUACAGCGAAAUCAACGAGCACGAAACGAUGAUCCCACUGGCCACGACGAUGCGACGGUGCGACUACACCGGGCCUGCUCGGACGCCCCAGCCACGGUUGAAGGUGCGCGACUGUCGGCCAACUACGCCACCGCUGCAGAGUCUGCUCGGUUCGCCCAGCGGUCCCGGGUACGUCGAGCUGGAGAACUACUGCAAUCGGCUGAAGGAGAACCUGCAGUACUGAGAGGGUUUUCUUUUUGAAUUAUUUUUUUGUAAAACGGGGGUAAGGGUGAACUAAAUGUAACAGUGGUGGGGACGGCGGUACGUUACGGUGUCCUCCAAAGGGUUUAGCAAUUAGCAAACGUUAGGCAAUAAUAUACUUGUAAAACAAGCCAGUCUCUUUGACGAGUGCGCAAGCAAGCAGAGAGAGAGAGAGAGAGAGAGAGAGAGAGAGAGAGAGAGAGAGAGAGAUCGGGAUAACAUAUAAUAUUUAAAAUCACUAUUCGUAAACAUUUCAAUGACCAGUUAAGAGUAUAAGUAUAAUUGUAGAGCGUUGAGAGAGAGAAAUAGAGAGAGGGAGUUGUAGUUUAGUCGAAUUAGAAGCGAAGGAAGCGCGUCGUAUCCUUAAGAAGCAUAACAAAUGCUGGGCCUUUCUUAAGAGUAGCCGUAAGAGUAGUAGAAACGAGUGCACUAUUAACGAAUCGACCGGCGACUGAGACACACCUAAGACGUGCGUAGCUAAGAUUUCAACACACGCAAAAGACACGCGCACACACAUAUCAUCCACAUAUGCUUCCGAAAGGGAAGCGAAAUUAGCGAAACAAAAUGACCCAAACCCGUAGCAAUUUAAACUUGUCGGAUUGUAUGAAAUAAUAAGCACAAAUAGUAAGGGCAAAUAGUCGCGCGGCUGGCGAGCAGUGUUAAUAGAAAGCAUACAGCGAUUACGAUUCAUCCCAAAAAGAAGAAGAAAAAACGCCCCCAGAAAGCGGAAUAGGGGAAAAAACGGAUAUUUAGGAUGAUACAAUACAGUUUGUUUCGUACACAUACAAACAUUCGGAGCAAAGCGGGCUUUCACAAUAUGUACUCAUCCCAGUUUCUCUCAUCCCUUCUCCUACACGUUCAUCUCCUACUUCCAACCACAACCCUCCCACUCCACACACCGCGAAAGCGAAGGUGCGAUGUAACCGUAUCCUGUAAAUAAUCAUCGCAACCUUCCUUUCCGGGAAAAUAAACCCUCCCCAGCGUUUCCUUCACACGCUAUUAUCGCAUUGGUUUCUGCCCUGUGGCGUGUUAUGCAUUAUGGCUCUGCUUUUUUGGUUCUGUACUGUUUUUGUGUGUUUUGUUGGUUUUCCCCCCGAUUUGGUUUCUAGUUUUUCUUACAAACAUCAUAAAACAAAACAAUGUUUCGGUUUGUUUUACUCUAUUCUUCAUUUUUCUGAGAUUUUCUCUUUACUUUUCUAUGUUUGUUUGAAACAAAUGUUGAUUUAAAGGUUUUCAUCGCUAAAUUUUACGCACACUGUAACACUUCCAAAACAACGGACCAAAUAGCAAUGUCAGCAAUGUAGGAAUGUAGUUUGGUGCAGUGCGCUCAUUUAUUUAAUCUCUUCUCUACAAUUGAAAUAACCCAACGUAUGGAACUGUUUAACGGGUCGGAUGGAUGUCCGAAAAAAACCCUCCAAACUCCAUUCCAUCGUUGGGGUAUUUUAAUUAUUUGCAGGCGCUUAGGUUUUAUUUAUUUUGCGCUGCAUUUUCAUACAAAACUACCAAACCCCCGUGAUCCUUAAUCCUCCUCGAUAUGAACGAUAUGAAUACACAGUUGUUAAGUUUGUUCGUAAAUUACAAGUGUUAGAGUGUUAGAUCACCGUCGUCACAUCACCGUCGUUGUCGUCGUCGUCGUCGUCGUCGUCGUCGUGUGCUAAACCUAUGUUUAACAUUUGAUAGUUAACAAGCGAUCGACGGGAAAUCUUCGGAAAGACUUCUGCAUAGCGUUAAGAAGCACAGGCGUACGAUCACAUACAAGCAUCGCAAUAUGAUGCUUUGUUGUUUGUGUUUAUCCGCCGAAUGCGCGCAGAGAAUUGUAGCUCGUUUCUAAGUACAGUGCAAUUCCCAAACCUAUUGUCGAUUAGUAACAAAAUCUAAGCAUAGCAAAACAAUCGAUAUAACACAAUGUAACCAGUAACAUCAAAUCAAAGGUCUAAAAAUUGGGUUUAAGAUAGUGGGAUUGGCAUAGGACGCGGGAGGGACUAAAGAUGGUGGAUAUGGUUAGAACCUAGCGAUAAGUAAUCACUGAACUGUACAUAGAGUAAUGCUAGCUGUUUUGUAAGACAAACGAAUUGAAUUGAAACGAAAUAGUUAACCCCUGGUGUGUAUUAGGUGUUGUUUGUUUGUUUUGUUUCGUCGUCUACAGAUGCACUCAUUUGCCCCUCCCAACCCGAAAACAAAAAAAAACGAAGAAAAUCAAAAACGAUUCGGUUUCAAAAAAAGCAAGAAAAAAAGGCAGAACAAAGUGCAACUAAAAUUCAUCAUUAGCAAUUAAACAUCAAAAUUAAUGUCCGUACACCAAAUAUUGAUAGACAACGCGAAAGGUCGAGAAAGAAACACGUUAAGAGUGGCGUAACUUAUUUUUAAACACAUUCGCUAUAAACUAUAAAGCGAAAAGGAAGUGCAUUAGAGGUACUGUGUGUGCGUGUGUGUGUGUAGGUUUGUGUGAAGGGAAACCACUGUAGGAUCUAUUUUUGUACGUAAAACCAACAGAAAACCACUGGAAAAAAUACUCAACAUCAAGCAUUAGCUAAGGGACGUGCGGCGCGCAACCAGCUGCAGCUUUCCGCACGGUUGCGUAUCCCCACGUGUCCGGGAAAGGUGCUUGCGCAUGAUGCAAAUCGUAGCCUUAUUUCAUUCAAUUUGCGCACUGCAUAACGUAGUUAGUCGUAGUAGCAACGGUCGCAUUCAUCUAGAUAUGUAAAAGUGUGUGUUGGAAAGAGAGAGAGCAGGGUAAAUAGGUAGGCCAUGCAAUGUUUAAAAGAUUGCAGAAAGGACAGCAAACGGCAGGUCAAUUGAUUGAUUGCUUUGCGUGAUGUGUUGAAGCAAUUCCCAUGUAACUCCAUGUAAGCGCCACGUGGUCGUGAAGGAAGCGUGACCAAUAACUGCUAGUGUGUAAUAGUGUAAUAUGACUAAUUAAGGGUAGGAAACGGAAACGUUACUCUCGUUUACUUUUUAAGUAAAUAUCUUUUUUCUCCCAUUUCGCCGUUGGAAACUGAUGUCAGGUUUUCCGUUGUCGGUACGCUCCCUCCAAUCCCCAUUUUCUCCUAAUUCACCCACCCACCCAUCAUCAGCUCAUUCCAAACCCACCCUUCAUCCCUUCAACCCGAUACGAAAACUUGACAUUACAUGAAGACGGGAAAAAUGAACACAGUUGAAAGUUAACAUUUGAAAGGAGGCGAAGACGAAGGAAACCGAAACGAUGUUGUAAAGUUCUGAUAGGAGCAUCAUCCAUCGCUAGUGUUAAGGUCGUUAGGAUGGCAUCAUUAAUAAUAGCCACAAACACACACAUACACACGCACUGUCUCUCUUUCUCUCUCUCUCUCUCACUAUGUACCCUCUAAAUCUCCGUUUGGUGUAGUAAUCGAACGAUAUAAUUGUUAAAACUAAUCCUUACCCCCCUUUGCGACCGAUCGACAUCGGACGGAAGGCGGGGGAACGGGAUAAAAACCAAGUGCAAUGAGGAAAGAGCGGACUACUACUAAGAGAAGUGUGAACGAGACGGCGAGAACGAGACGAGUUAGUUCGAAUAAUAUUUAUACAAUAUACACAACUAGAAACAUACACACAGACACACCCGCGUAUAUAUUUAAACGAAAAGUAAAAACAACCCCCCGAGGUGCGCCACAAACGCUAUAAAUUCCCACUCCCAGGCAAAUUAAACAAAAGCUAAAACGAAAAACGCAAAAGCGCCAGCCCCUGCUGUACGCCAGGCGGAAACACGCAUUAAAUACAAGCUGUAUAUAACAAUAAUCAAAUCAAUAAAGAUCAAUUUAAAUGAUAA